UCACAACAGUCAUCUAUUUCUGUUACACCGGAUGUUAGACCUUUAAUACGCUAUACAGAAGUGUGUUGGAUACAAAUUAUUUCCUUUAAGAGAAUCAACGCCAUGUCUGGGGAUUUGGAUCUGUCGCCGCCGGAAGUUCCGGAACCCACCUUUUUCGAGAGUGUUUUACGCUAUGGCCUCUUUCUUGGAGCAAUUUUCCAACUCGUCUGCAUUUUAGCCAUAAUCAUUCCCAGCUCCAAGAGCCACGAACAGGAAGAGACUUCAGAGCCAGCCGAGCCGAAAUCCUCUGAGCCGAGCAGAAAGCCCAAGGCACCUGCACAGCAAAUCCGGCAAAAACUAAAAAAGGAGAGCAAGAAGAAAAGAUAAGACUGUCUGUGAAUGAGUGUGUGAGCAAAUAUGAAAGUUUGGUUCUGUUUUAUGACAGAAAACCCAACUGAAGGAACUCUAAAGUGGGGAAACUUUCACCAUGGACCAUCCGAACUAAAACACUAAACUUAUAUUGCAAUUGCAUAGAGUUUGUUUAAUGCAACAGUGAUCUACAACAGUGAUUAUUUUUACAUACAUACUUCACUCAUUUUCUAGGUUACUGUCAUAAAGCUGGUGGUUAAAACUUUCAUUUGUAUUGGCAUUUUAAUCAGUCAUUUUUGUACGUCUGUUAUAUCUCUGUAAUAAACUGGACUGUUUUGGACCA